GUCUGGGCUGAGUUCGGGCUGCCAAGUGUGUGUGUGUGUGGAGUCCAAAAUAAUGACAGGAAGGAACUCAGCGGAGCCAGUCUCUUAACAAUUUAUGGAUCCAUCCCAAAAUGUAAUGCGUUCUUGCCUAUAGGUCAAAGCCAUGAAAUCGAUCUCGGUAAAGAGUGCAGGUGAUUUAAUCGAUGAGGAGGGGUGAAGGGGAAUGCGGUGGGAGGUCUCUGGGGAUGAAGCGAGGGAAGGCAGCCAGGUGGCUCGGAUCUGGGGCAAGCGCUCGGCGUUAAGCACAGAUCUGUGCCGACCCAGUGAGGAGCCACGAUGGGACACAGGUUGGUGAGGUGUUGGAAUCUUCCAGAGGCCACUUUGGAAGGAGAAUGCUGCUUGAAUGGGGGCUCCUCAGCUUCCCGCCACAUCCCCAAAAAAACGCUCUGUGUCAGCGUCUCAGCUUCCCUGCUCCUGGUAUUCCUGGCCCUGGGGUUGAUUGGACACCUCGGGCUGCCUCAACAACACUCGCAGCCUGUGAAAUUCACCAGCACAGACCCGUUCGGCGUCCUGCUCCUCAACCAGUCGGCAGCUGUAGACCAGCAGAACGGCCUGGUGACCUUUUCUGUGACUGCAGGGGCAAAUCAAACAUCCACUGUGCUUUUUGACAUCAAACAUGGCUUGAUAUGUUACCGGCCGGUCCACCAGGAGAGCUGCUUCCUGCUGACCAUGGAGACAUCAGACUAUGAGAACGUGCAGUCCGUACUUCAAGCAUCAGUAAACAAGCAAAGCCAGUUCCAGCUGUCUGUAAAUGAGACCCAGAGGCACACAGAGUUCUUGGGGGUCCGGGCUGCUAGUCAGGCAGAUGUCUCCACCUUGGAGGAGCCUCUGAAGCUUCUGUGUCGGGAUAGCCCUAUUUACUGGACCGAGAGGGUUGAAGGGCCGGGCAAACAAAGGCUGGUCUAUUUCUGCAUAGACAUCUGCUUUCCCAACAACAUCUGUGUUUCUAUGUGCUUUUACUACCUACCAGAGUAACUCAAUCCUUACCAUCUCAGAAAAGGAGGGAAAACAUUUUUUCAAGCACUGUUGACAAAAUUGGUGACCCAGGCCCAAUGCUGUCAGUACUUUUGAAAGAGAUCGGCAAAAUACAUGCAUAAAAUCCUCCCUGGUGGCGUCCACUCCCCACAGCAACCUGUGUAAUGUCAUUGUUAUUCAAUAAAAAAAAUAAAAA